CUCACCAUGAGGUCUUUCUUUUCAUGUUCACUCAAACACAAAUUUGAUGAUCUUAUCCAUUUAUAUUAUUUAUAUUAUAUCUGAAUGGUAGAGACUAACGGAACAUCGAAGUUUCGCUCAAGUACAACGGGAUACCCGAAUCGCUUCCUAAACUAUUAGUCCAACGAAACCAUAUACCAAGAUAGAGAGAAAGAGAGAGAGGGAAAGCCCUAUUCUGCUUCCUACUCAUACCUGCUUUCUUGCUUCCUUUCUCGCUCUAAUUGGAACCAAAUUGGGGGAAAUUUGCGGCCUACCUAACAUAAAACCCUAGCGUUCGAAGCUAUUUAAUGCCGGAACGGAAUAGAACGGAACACAGAUCGGACAAGAGAACCCUAAUUUCUGAGGAUUGAGAGACAGACAUGGCUGCGGAGUUAGGGCAACAGACGGUGGAGCUGACGACCCUGGUUUCCCGAGCUGCCCAAGAUUCAUACAGCAACCUGAAAGAACUGGUUGAAAAAUGCAGGUCCACCGAAUUGUCCGAUACAGACAAGAAGAUCAGUAUCCUCAAGUUCCUCAGCAAGACCCAGCAGCGCAUGAUCCGCCUCAAUGUGCUCUCCAAGUGGUGCCAACAGGUUCCUUUGAUAAAGCACUGCCAGCAGCUAGCUUCGACUGUUUCAAAUCACGAUAUGUGUUUUACUCAAGCUGCGGAUUCUUUGUUUUUUAUGCACGAGGGGCUUCAGCAAGCCCGUGCUCCGGUUUAUGAUGUGCCCUCUGCCAUUGACAUUCUCUUAACGGGGAGUUACCAGCGGUUGCCUAAAUGUAUAGAGGAUGUUGGUACUCAGUAUACCUUGAAUGAAGAACAGCAAAAGCCUGCUUUGAAGAAGCUGGACGCUCUUGUGCGGACGAAAUUGCUAGAAGUUUCUCUUCCUAAGGAAAUUUCCGAGAUAAAAGUUUCCGAUGGUACGGCAUUGAUUAAAGUGGAUGGAGAGUUUAAGGUUUUAGUGACUCUUGGUUACAGGGGACACUUGUCCAUGUGGAGGAUAUUACAUUUGGAGCUGCUUGUUGGUGAAAAGAAUAAACCUAUCAAACUAGAAUUAAUGCGACGCCAUGUUCUCGGGGAUGAUCUAGAGAGACGAAUGGCGGCAGCAGAAAAUCCAUUUUCAAUAUUGUACUCGGUUCUUCACGAUCUAUGUGUUUCACUUGUUAUGGAUACUGUCAUCAGGCAAGUGCAAGCUCUUCGACAGGGAAGAUGGAAAGAUGCAAUUCGAUUUGAGCUCAUAUCCGAUGCGGCAGGUUCCAUGCAGAACCCUGACGGGGAAUCUGAUUCAUCCGGUCCUCGAACUCCUGGUUUAAAAAUCAUAUACUGGCUGGAGUCCGAUAAAAAUGCUGGCAUGUCUGAUUCAGGUGCAUGCCCAUUCAUAAAAAUUGAACCUGGGCCAGAUCUUCAGAUAAAGUGCAUACACAGCAAUUUUGUCAUAGAUCCACUAACAGGCAAGGAGGCAGAGUUUUUCUUGGACCAGAGUUGUAUUGAUGUUGAGAGGUUGCUGUUAAGAGCUAUUAGCUGCAACCGGUAUACUCGUCUACUGGAAAUUAAAAGAGAACUGGAAAAAAAUAACCACGUCUAUCGAGCAGCAGAUGAUGUUGUACUCCAGUCUCACUUGGGUGGACCUGAUGUUGAAUAUAAACAGAAGGAUGAUAAAGGCUUCAGCAAGGAAUCUGAAGGGUAUGAAGUGUUGCGUGUGCGUGCCUAUGCCUCAUGUUUUUUUACUCUUGGAGUUAAUAUCAGAAAUGGCCGUUUCCUUCUUCAAUCAUCGCAAAACAUAGUUGCUUCUUCAGCAUUGUUAGAAUGUGAAGAAGCUUUGAAUCAGGGAUCUAUGACUGCAGCUGAUGUAUUUGUAAGCUUGAGAAGCAAAAGUUUAUUGCACUUGUUUGCAUCUAUCGGAAGUGUCUUAGGGCUAGAGGUAUAUUUCCCUGUUUUCAUUCCUUUUAUUGUUAAAAGAAAUGGUUAUUCAGAAAUGACUUACCUAAUUAUGGCGUUUCCAGACUGUGGGAGCUCUUAUUUCCUGACGAUGGAACUUGAUAAGGAUUUUAAACCUUUGUUUAAGCUGUUAGAGACUCAGCCAGAUUCUUCUGGAAAAGAUACUUUAUUUGGUGUCCUUAAUCAGGUGCUGCGGGUCAAAAGAAUUGAUAUAGGACAGCUGCAGGCACUUAAAGAUGAAAUGAAUUUAAGCCUGGUUGACUGGGGAAAAUUACACUCUCUUUUGCCCAAUGCUGCUUGUCCAAAUCAAGAAUCUGUACGUGAGUUUCUUUCUGAUAUUCGACUUGAGAGUUCCAUACAGAAUGCAAAAGGUCAUCCUUCAGGUUUUUCAUCACUUGUUGAUGAAGUGUUUGGACUCGAGAAAGGUUCUUCUGCAUCUCCAUUCUCUGUUCAAAAUCAUGGAUCCCUACCUUCACAUUAUGGUUCUGUCCCAAUGAACCUCCAUAGUCUAAAAGCUGGGACCCCAUCUCCAAAGUGGGAAGGAGGCAUGCAAACAUCUCAGGUUAACAAUGUAACAAAACCUUCAGGUGUUACAAACCACUAUAGUGAUUCCAUGUUCUCAUCAGGCAGUGUGAAGGGCCCAGUUCAAUCCAAUUCUGUUGGAUCGAUUUCCACAGGACAAGGAAGGAGCGCAGCUGGGAAAAGGUUAUUUGUUUCAAAGUCUGAACAGGAUCUGGCUUCUCUUAAAUCUCCGCAUUCAGUUGACAUUGUGUCCUCAACUGCUAUGGAUGAAGAUCAACUUAGAGUACUGAGUGAUUCCUCUAAUGAUGGUUUUGGUGGAAGUCGGUCAUCUCGACUUUUAUCUCCUCUACCAACUAGUUCUCGCAUAUCUGUUCCUAAUUCCAAACCUAAUGGACCUCAAGCUGAAUCACUCAAGGCUGCUGGAGCCAAUUCAUGUGCUUCAACUCCCGUAUCCCAGGCAAUGGAAUCCACAGGCAAUGAAGAUGUUAUACCCAAACACGAUAAAAGAUCUCGGAAGAGAACAGCUUCAGAUAUGUUGAAUUUGAUUCCAUCUCUUCAGGGUCUUGAAAACAACUCAGCAAUUUGCAAGAGGAGAAAGAUUUUGGAUUCAUCUGGCUCUCAACUGUCUUUGCCACAAGGGUUUGUACCUACUGAAAUGAUAUCUAGGGCUGAAGGAUACAGCUAUGGAAGUUUGAUUGCAGAAGCAAAUAAAGGGAAUGCCCCAUCUAGCAUUUAUAUAGCAGCCCUGCUUCAUGUGGUCAGGCACUGUUCACUUUGCAUUAAGCAUGCUAGGCUGACGAGCCAAAUGGAUUCAUUAGAUAUCUCAUACGUUGAAGAAGUGGGUUUAAGAAGUGCAUCCUCUAACAUUUGGUUCCGACUUCCAUUUGCCAGAGGUGAUUCAUGGCAACAUAUAUGCUUGCGACUUGGCAGACCUGGUUGCAUGCAUUGGGAUGUUAAAAUAAAUGAUCAGCACUUCAGGGAUUUAUGGGAGCUUCAGAAAGGGAGCAGUGCUACACCAUGGGGAUCAGGUGUUCGAAUCGCCAAUACGGCUGACAUUGAUUCACACAUACAUUAUGAUCCAGAUGGUGUUGUUUUGAGCUAUCAGUCAGUUGAGGUAGAUAGUAUAAAGAAACUAGUGACUGAUAUACAAAGGCUUGCUAAUGCAAGAACUUUUGCCCUUGGCAUGCGGCAAUUGCUUGGGGUAAAAGCUGAUGAGAAGUCAGAAGAGACAAGUUCUGAUGCCAAAGUAUCGGGUACAAAGUUUGCUUCAGACACUGCAGAGAAAGUUACAGAACAUAUGAGAAAAGCAUUCAAGAUUGAGGCAGUUGGGCUGAUGAGCUUGUGGUUUAGCUUUGGUUCAGCUGUCCUUGCUCGUUUUGUUGUUGAGUGGGAAUCUGGUAAAGAGGGUUGCACAAUGCAUGUAUCUCCAGACCAACUUUGGCCCCAUACUAAGUUUCUAGAAGAUUUCAUAAAUGGUGCUGAAGUUUCAUCGCUUUUGGAUUGCAUUCGGCUGACUGCGGGUCCCUUGCAUGCUCUGGCUGCUGCAACCAGGCCAGCUCGAGCUGGUCCUGUUCCAGGGGUAGCAGCUGCUCUAUCUUCCAUACCUAAACAGACUGGUUAUAUACAACCACAAGGACUUCUUGGUAGCUCAACUUCAAACGUUGGCCAGCCUACCUCUGGUCCUGGGGGAAACACUGCCAUGUCUGCUCCUGGUGGCCUUACCAAUCAAACCCUUUCCAUGUUAGCUGCAGCUGGGCGAGGUGGCCCGGGCAUUGUUCCAAGUUCACUUUUACCUAUCGACGUCUCUGUUGUGCUCCGUGGUCCGUAUUGGAUACGAAUCAUGUACAGGAAACAGUUUGCUGUUGACAUGCGUUGCUUUGCCGGUGAUCAGGUGUGGUUGCAGCCUGCAACACCGCCUAAAGAGGGUCGUCUUUCUGGAGGGUCAUUACCAUGCCCCCAGUUUCGCCCUUUCAUCAUGGAACAUGUUGCCCAGGAGCUGAAUGGAUUAGAUCCUAAUUUCACUGCACAACAGGCAGGCGGACUGGCAAAUUCAAAUAAUCCAAAUCCUAGUUCAAGUUCCCAGUUAAUGGGUGCAAAUGGAAGUAGAAUAAACUUGCCAGCUUCUGCUGCAAUGUCUAGGACAGGAAAUCCAGCAGCUGGUUUAAAUCGUGUGGGAAAUGCAUUGGCAGGGCCAUCAAAUUUAGCUUUGAUGAACUCUGCUGUCUCUCUACGUAGGCCACCUGGAGCAAUUGUCCCUGCCCACGUUAGAGGUGAGCUGAACACAGCCAUUAUUGGCCUUGGUGAUGAUGGAGGAUAUGGGGGUGGCUGGGUUCCUCUUGUUGCACUUAAGAAGGUUCUCAGAGGUAUUCUUAAGUAUCUUGGAGUACUAUGGUUAUUUGCCCAGUUGCCAGAUCUUUUGAAAGAGAUUCUAGGAUCCAUUUUGAAGGAAAAUGAAGGUGCACUUCUGAACUUGGACCCAGAGCAACCUGCAUUGCGUUUUUUUGUGGGGGGCUAUGUGUUUGCUGUCAGUGUCCACAGAGUUCAGCUGCUUCUUCAGGUGUUAAGUGUGAAACGCUUUCAUCACCAACAGCAGCAACAGCAGCAAAACUCAAAUCCUGCACAAGAAGAGUUAAGUCAAACAGAAAUAAGUGAAAUAUGUGACUACUUCAGUCGUCGGGUUGCAUCAGAGCCCUAUGAUGCUUCUCGUGUUGCAUCAUUCAUAACUAUGCUCACCUUACCUGUCUCAGUUCUUAGAGAAUUCUUGAAAUUAAUAGCUUGGAAAAAGGGAUUAUCCCAGGCACAAAUUGGGGACAUGGUUUCAGCUCAAAAACCACGAAUUGAAUUAUGUCUUGAAAAUCACGCAGGGUUGACCACAGAUGACAACUCUGAGAGCUCAUCUGCUUUCAGAAGCAACAUCCAUUAUGACCGGAAUCAUAAUUCUGUUGAUUUUGCACUGACUGUUGUUCUUGAUUCUGCUCACAUCCCUCAUGUCAAUGCUGCCGGCGGUGCUGCUUGGUUACCGUACUGUGUUUCAGUAAGGUUGAGAUAUUCUUUCGGCGAAAGUCCCAGUGUAUCCUUUCUUGGUAUGGAAGGUAGCCAUGGAGGUAGGGCCUGUUGGUUGCGUGUCGACGAUUGGGAUAAGUGUAAACAGAGGGUGGCACGAACUGUGGAGGUUAGUGGGAGCUCACCAGCCGAUGCAAGUCAAGGUAGGCUAAAAUUGGUUGCAGACAGUGUGCAAAGGAAUCUGCACAUGUGCCUUCAAGGGCUAAAAGAUGGUAGUGGGGUUCCAGCCAACUUUGGAGCAACAUGAUUGUUUUGCUGCUAGCAGCAGUGUUUUAUACAUAUAGUUUCGGGGUAGUGUUGUCAAUACUGCAUGGGUUAAGUUAUAGGUUGUGCAGUUUCCGUUGGAAAUGAGGUUUUGCUGUAAUGGAGAAAAAGGGCACAGGUGAUAAUAACAGCCGAUUUUUUUAUGGAAGAAUGACGUUUUCCAGGCGCCAAUACUAGAUUACUAACAGAGGUUCAUAAUAUCAGUAUUUGAAGUUUUCUUCAGAACAUUUAAGAUUGGAAUUAGGUUGUACAAUAUCUUUUGGUGAUAGUGUAGUCAUGGUAUAAGCUUUUGGGUGGUGGAUUUUCUUUCUUGUACAGAUGACAAUAUCAAAUGAAUAGAUCAGUAAACCAAACUUAGUUUUCUUA